AUGAGUUCGUGGAUACUCAAGUUGAUGCUGUUGCAACUUCUGAUUGUGUUGAUUCAGAAUGCUGAUUCAGGUUUUGUCAUCAAAUAUCUUCCUGGUUACGAAGGCCCUCUUCCUUUUGAGCUCGAAACCGGGUACAUUGGUGUGGGUGAUGCAGAGGAAGAUCAACUGUUCUACUACUUCAUUAAAUCUGAGGGCAAUCCAAAACAAGACCCACUUCUUGUUUGGUUAACUGGAGGACCUGGUUGCUCUUCUUUCUCUGGUCUUGUUUAUGAAAAUGGGCCUCUUGCUUUCAAGGUUGAGGCCUACCAUGGAAGUAUUCCCUCUUUGGUCUCUACUACAUAUUCAUGGACCAAGGUGGCGAAUAUAAUCUGUUUGGAUAAGCCUGUUGGAGCUGGCUUCUCCUACUCAACAAAUCCAUUUGCUGAUAGACCAAGUGACAAAGGAUCAGUAAAGCGGGUCGAUGAGUUUGUUCGUAAGUGGCUAGCCAAGCAUCCUGAGUAUUUCUCCAACCCUUUCUAUGUCACCGGAAACUCUUAUUCCGGUAAGGUGAUUCCGGCCAUCGUUCAAGAAAUCUCAACUGGGAAUUGUAUAUGCUGCAAACCUCAAAUAAAUCUUCAGGGCUAUGUGCUCGGAAACCCGGUAACAGAUUUCGAUCUUGAUAAUAACACUCACGUUCCAUUUGCUCACGGAAUGGCACUCAUCUCUGAUGAACUCUAUGAGUCGAUGAAGAGUAGCUGUGGAGGAAUUUAUGUUAAUGUGGAUCCUCUUAACAAAGAAUGCUUGAAACUUCUUGAAGAUUUCAAGAAGUCCGUUUCUAGAAUAGAUAUAGAUUUUGUUCUGCAGUCAAUCUGUGACACUACAUCUCCUGAUUGUUAUAGGUAUCGGUUUAUGUUAUCCGAAUAUUGGGCUAAUAACGAGAGCGUACGCAGAGCACUUGAAGUAGUGAAGGGGACGAAAGGGAAAUGGGAACGAUGUAAUGUUAAUGUCAACGGUGAUCACGAUAUGAAAAUCCCUUUUGUUUCAACUCGAGCAUGGAUAAAAUCUCUCAACUAUUCCAUUACUGAUAAAUGGAGACCAUGGAUGAUACUCGAUAAAGUCGCCGGAUACACCCAGACGUAUGCCAAUAAGAUGACAUUUGCCACUGUAAAAGGAGAUGGGCACACGUUAGAUUAUACACCAGAAGAGAAUUCAAUCAUGUUCAAGAGAUGGAUUAGUGGCCAACCUCUCUAA